AUGGGCCAAGUCGCGAUUACAUCGAACGGGCGCACGAAGAAAGCCGACCAGACGUACCGUCCCAUAGUCGUUCCGCAACCACGUUCUGACCACUGGCCUACAGUGGUGAUACAAUGCGCGUACUCUCAGCCAAGGUCAAAGCUCGCGGAUGACGCUCGCUGGUGGUUGCUGGAAGCAGGUGGUGACGUGAAAACUGCUCUUACCAUUCUUGUUCACCAAACAAGAAGAGAAGUCGUUAUCGAAAAAUGGGAAUUAAUCCCGCGGGAAACAAGACAGGAUCAAAACAAGAAGGUCCCUGAAAUAACUCGCCGGGCUGUCAUGUCCCAGAAGACAGACAACGAUCCCAUUCGCGUGACAGGAUACCCUCUAACUCUACCCUUCGAGCACUUUUUCCUUCGGCCCGCCAAUCCUGGUGAAGGGGACAUUGUCCUGGAUGAAUCGGAUCUGGAAACCAUCGCUAAAUUAACCUGGAGGGUACAUUCCAAGGUCUAA